AUGGUCGCCUUGCCACCGGAACUACUCCUGAAACAUCAGCAGCGCCUGCAGAAACACAGAGAUGGCAUCACCCACAGGAUGAAGAAGCUGGCAGCUAAGCAGGCGAGAUAACAGUAAAAAAAGACAGACGCAGUGAAGGAGAAAAUCAGGAAAAAGUACGAGGACAUGAAGCGGGUCCUGGAUGAGGAUCUCCGGAUUACACUGACCCAGCUGGACACAGAGUAUGAGGCUACAGAGAAGUAUGUGGAAGACAGGAUUGAGGAGUGCUACCACCUCACCCAGGAACUGGACCAGGAGCUGUCCAAAAUUGAUGUAAAAACACAAGAAAUUGACAUUCAGCCGUGCAUGAAUCAUCAACUAAUUGUUUCAUCUGAAAAUAGAGUAUCUGAGACUCUGAAGCUGACUGACCCGGACUUGAUUCAGAUGGAUGAGUUCAAAUAUCAACAACUGCUGAGUCUCACCAUCAACCUGCUGCUGUUCAUCAGAUCCCAGGUUCCCGUCACCAAGAAACAGUUUCAGACCUAUGCUGCAGAUGUUGCCUUGGACGCUGACACUGCUCACCCCAAGCUGAUCAUCUCUCCAAAAGGCGACUCAGCCACCUUCACAGAGACCUGGCAGGAUGUCCCAGAGACUCCCUCCCGCUUUGAAACCACCCUAAAUGUAAUCAGCAGGGAAGGCUUCAGCGAGGGCCGCCAGUACUGGGAGGUGGAUGUGAGUGGGAAGACCUACUGGGAGCUGGGGCUCACCUACCCCAGCAUCCUGCGAAAAGGCCCUGAGGAGGACUCGUGGCUGGGCCGGGGCAAAGGGUCUUGGUGUGUGGAGUACUUUAAUGGAGAUUACACAGCCUGGCACGGUGGAGUCCAGCAUGAGCUUCCUCUGCUGGCAGGAAAACCGUUCACUCGCAUCGGGGUGUACUGCAGCUUCCCCGGGGGAUUGGUGUGCUUCCUAGGAGCGGAUACCAUGACCCCGCUACACUGCUUCUGCGCUGGGACCUUCACUGACACCCUACAUCAGGCUUUAUGUCCUGGUCACGACAAUGAAGGCACAAACUGGAAGUCUCUUAAAAUCUGUGAUGUUUCCCGGUCUGCUCCUGUUCUCUGAAGAGGAGCGGGAAUUCCUCAGGGAAGAAACACAUCAGCUUCCUGAUUUACAUUCUUAUAUGGUGACAUGGCUUCAGCUCUACACACAGUGCGUGACAGCCUAGUCUAAAUUUGGAAACUUUAAAGCUCAAGCUAUUUAAGAUGAACAGAUCAUUUACAGUCAUUCAUGCUUUUCUUUAUAGUGGACACACCAAAGCUAACAUGACCUCAGAGCCAAUUGCCUGAAUAAUAGUAGACAUGACAUCAUUGACUUUAAUUACAUUUAUUAUGCAAACAGAUUUCACUUUAUUAGGUUACUUGAAAGCAACAAUAUUAAGUUGAACCAAAAACGUAAUGUCAUUGCUUUCAACUAAUCUAACAGUUAAGUGAAAUUUGUUGACACAAUAAAAUUAAUUAAAGUCAAUAUUUCAGUUUCUUCAUUGCGGGAGUCUGUGAUUGAGAGUUAAAAUAGACCUGCUUUAAAACACAAAUUGAUCAUAAAGAAUAUAUUUAUUGAAAUAUGAAUAAAUACAAUAAAUCAUCUGACAAUACUUUGAAAAUCUCUAAUAUACAUCUUUAAAAAUAUCUGACAUUUAUUGUUUGGUAAAAAAAGGACAAAGUAAUUUUCUAAAACAUUUAUUUAUUUAUAAUGCUUGAACAUUAAUUAGUGCAUUUCUUUGUGACACUUUCAGUGCAUUAAUACACAUUAGGUGCCUGCGAA